CCCGCAGCCCAGAGCUGCUGCCGCUGAGGGAGACGCCAGGGCGGGCACUGCCGAGCCCCGUGCUCCCUGCAGCCCCUCACCUGCCACCAUGGGGACCCUGGGCUGCAACCCCGCCCCGCAGCUGACCACAGCGCCCCUGGGCCGGCGGGCCACCGAGUGCCAGAUUCCAGAGACCGGCCUGCGGAAGACCUGCGGGGCAGCCACCGUGGAGAAGGGCUCUGGGCCAGGCUUGUACGUCCUGCCAUCCACCGUUGGCUACACCAACCACGACUGCACCAAGGUGAUGGGUCCCGCCUACUCGCUCUUCCGGAGGCCCAGCGAGGCAUGUCCGCAGGAUGCCAGCCCUGGGCCAAUCUACUUCCUGGACCCGAACGUCACCCGCUUCGGCCGAAGCUGCACCCCUGCCUACUCCAUGCAGGGCCGGGGCAAAUAUCGGGCUCUGGAGGUGACGCCGGGCCCCGGGGCCUACAGCCCAGAGAAGGUGGCCCCUGUUCGCCAGCGGACCCCCCCGGCUUUCACACUGGGCUCCCGUCUCCGCCCGCAGCCCCCGGACACCUCAGCCCCAGCCCCCAACACCUACACGCUGCCCUCCCUCUGGGGCUCCCAGAUCUUCACCAAGCCCAGCAGCCCCAGCUACUCUGUGGUGGGCCGCACGCCCCCCACCCGCCCGCCGCAGGACCCCGCGGAGAUCCCAGGCCCGGGACAGUACGACAGCCCGGACCCCAACGCCUACCGCCAGCGCCGGCCGGCCUUCACCAUGCUGGGGCGGCCCCGGGCCCUGCGCCCCCGGGACGAGACGCCGGGCCCUGGUACCCACAGCCCCGAGCAGGUCACCGUGACCAAAGCCAGGGCCCCGGCGUUCACCAUGGGCAUCCGCCACUCCAGACGGGCCGCCACCAUGGCCGCGGACACCACGCCCUGA